GUAUCACCCAUCGAUGACAGCCGACUACCAACUUCCGGCUGCAGGCUUCCUGAUCUACACCAUCGAAGCCGUCAAGUCAGAAACACAGAAAUAUUUCAAAGAAAUAUGAGAUCUAGAUGAAGACUUACAGUCUUAGGACACUGUAAGUUGGCACUUGAUUGAAGGUAUAUAUUCACAACAUCACCAUGGCGAUGACAAAAGUGAAGAAGCUCCAGAUGUGGUGUAAAACAAUUGUGGAUGGAUAUCACGAUGUGUCUGUGACUGACAUGACUUCGUCAUGGAAGGAUGGACUGGCAUGCUGUGCAAUUAUCCAUCGCUUCAGACCAGACCUAAUAGAUUUUGAUUCACUUUCCAAGGCCAAUGUUUUUGAGAACAAUCAGUUGGCGUUUGAGGUGGCCGAGACUGAGUUAGGGAUUCCAGCGUUACUUGAAGCGGAGGACAUGGUGGCAAUCCGAGUACCGGACCGACUCAGUGUGGUUACCUAUGUCUCUCAGUACUACAACUACUUCCACAACAAACCACAGUUGGGAGGUCCUGGCGUGAGAAAGGCUGCUUCACUCAAACGACACCAGAGUCCGGAGGAUUUGUCAGGUCCACAACCUAAACGUCUGACACCUCAGAAAGAAAAUGGUGACCAAAAAACGGAGAAAAAGGGUUCUAUCGGUGAUAAGUGUACAAUCUGCCAUGAGAAAGUCUAUUUGAUGGAGCGCCUUAUGGAGAGUAACAAACUCUACCAUCGUACGUGUUUUCGUCAGAGUGACUUGGCUCCCACGAGUAAGAUUUACGCUCGCUCCAAUCCAGGUUCACCUGAUCAACCAAGUUACUGGCAACAGCGAUCAAAGGGUAGUGAAAAGUCUGCUAAUCUUGCUGCUAGACUGAAUGAUUUAAAAAAGAGUACUGCUUCCCCUCAACCAUCAGUAGAUCUCACUAAAAACAAGAUAGACAGCAGCAAAAAUUAUACGCAGCAAAAACCGGUACUGUCUGACAUAGGAUCUCAAAGAACUAACGUGAAAGGUGGAGAGAUCGGCCUGUCACAGGGGCAACUGGAGGAAACCAAAUCGAUGGAUACAAGUCCUUCGUCGACACGGGUCAAGUCCCCAGUGUUGCCCAGGGUUGAACGACCUAUGUCCUCAUGGGGUAAGCCUUUGACCCCACAGGGUAAAUCCCCAGGAUCCCCACGGAGUGAGUCUCCAGUGUCACCAAGAGGAAAACUGAAACCUAGAGCUGUACCAAGGGGCAGUAUCAAAUCAAAAGAUGAUUCCAAACCAGUCAAUAACGAGAAAGAAUCUGUCGCUCUUCCUCCGAGAAAAAAGUCUCCUAAAUCAUCGCCGAUGUCGUCGGGAUCUCCACCUCCAUUACCGACCUCCAUGCCACCUUCAUUGGCUGGGGGGUGCCCGUCUCUGGUACCGGCUAACAUCAAAGGUUCGUCAAAAGAAAUGCAUUCAUCAGCAAGAAGUCCUUCUGAUACAACCACUUCACCCUCAAAGUUCAAAUCUCCAUCAAAUUCUGAAUCUCUUAAGGAAAUCUCAAAACCUGAAAAGAAUCUGAAAACUGGCAGAAAUGUAACAACCACGCCAAUGAAUUCACAAUCUCUGACUGAUCAAAAUUUCAAAAGGAACACUGUUUUAUCUUCCAACAUACAAAAACAGGAUCCCGCAGUAGACAAUACACCACCUCAGAAGCCUCCGAGGUCUCUUCCAAGGGGCACAACUCCUAAAGACAUGGAGCAAGCCAUGAGGCUGUCAGACCAUGAGCUAGUCGAGCCAGGGACCAUAAGGCCACAGAAAGAUAAGAAUGAAAAUGUGCUCAAAGGGCUCCUCAAGAAUCUAGCCAAUAUUCGGGACAAAGAUGAUGGUGCUAAUGUAAAUUCCUCAAAUCAUCGGGGAAAAUUGGCUGAUACCACUAGCAAGACCACUCGCGCAAAUCACAUUGAUCGACCAACCACUGACGCAAAUCACACUGAUCGACCAACCACUGACGCAAAUCACACUGAUUGCCCGACCACUGACGCAAAUCACACUGAUCGACCGACCACUGACGCAUCUCAUACUGAUCAACCAAAAGUGCCUCGUGUGAUGAGAAGGGCCGUAAUACCACCCAGCAAAACGGAGACUGUCAAAUUAACAGAAACAAACAAUACUAAAAUAGAGCCUGCUAAAAAAAACAGUGAGAUCAAAACUGGGAAUGAAAUCAAAUCGGAAAGUAGUGAUCCUCCGUGGAAAAAUCACCAACUCAAGAAAACCAAGGAAGACGGAAAACGGUGUGGUGAUUGGAGAGACGAAGACAAAAAGUAUGGUGGAUGGAAAGAUGAGGACAAAAUCAACAAAAACGUGGACAGAAGUGCUGAUAAAAAAACAAAAAUAGAGCGACCAGCCCGACCAAAGACUCCAGAAAUCAUGUCGAGGAAACAGGUCAAAGGUGUAGUGAGGUCAGCAGAAAACACACAGUCUGGGUCACACAAAUCAAAGGAGAAUAAAAGAGAUGUACCCACAGUAGGGCAGAAAACGGUACAGGAGAGUAGAACAUCUCCAAUGGAACAUUAUACACUGCCAGAAACAGAUAAAAUUGGAAAUAAGAAAAAGAAAAUAGCUGUAAACAUUAAAUUUGAUUUUGAAGAGACUGGUAUAAAAGAAGGUUCUAAAUCGCCCCCUCCACGUCCUCCGCAACCAUCGCCUCACGACAUCAAGGAACCAAGACGUUCCAUAAAGAAACACAAAGAACGAAGCGUUCCUGGAUCUCCGGGUGGCUGGCUUAAGGAUGGAGAUUUCCAGAAGAUGUCACCACUUGAAAUCCAAACUCAACUUGCCCAUAUUGACUCCAAGCUUACAGACCUAGAAGUUCGAGGACGCCAUCUGGAGGACUCGAUUAGAAAAGCUGUUGAGGAGGAUGAGACAAUGAUGAUGGAGUGGUUUCAGAUGGUCAACGAAAAAAAUGAACUUGUGCGGAGGGAGGCCGACUUGAUAUAUGCAUCAAGGACGCAGGAACUUGAGGAUGAACAGCAAGACAUUGACAGACAGAUCAGAGAGUUGCUUGAAAAACCAGAUGGAGAGAAGACAGAAGAAGAGAGACAGGAAGAAGAAUUAUUGUUACAGAAGCUGAUAGAUGUUGUAAAUCAACGCAGUAUCAUCGUGGACAGUCAGGACGAUGACAGGAUCAGAUAUCUGGAAGAAGACCAUGAUAUUGCAGUUGUGCUUGAAUCUAAAGGUUAUGCAAAGAAAAAAGACUUAAAGUGUUGACGGAAUGUGUAGAUCAGAACCAGGAUCUCUGUGUAGAUCAGAACCAGGAUAUCUGUGUAGAUCAGAACCAGGAUCUCUGUGUAUAUCAGAACCAGGAUCUCUGUGUAGAUCAGAACCAGGGUCUCUGUGUAGAUCAGAACCAGGAUGUCUGUGUAGAUCAGAACCAGGAUCUCUGUGUAGAUCAGACCCAGGAUAUCUGUGUAGAUCAGAACCAGGAUCUCUGUGUAGAUCAGAACCAGGAUAUCUGUGUAGAUAAGAACCAGGAUAUCUGUGUAGAUCAGAACCAGGAUGUCUGUGUAGAUCAGAACCAGGAUAUCUGUGUAGAUCAGAACCAGGAUGUCUGUGUAGAUCAGAACCAGGAUGUCUGUGUAGAUCAGAACCAGGAUAUCUGUGUAGAUCAGAACCAGGAUCAAUCAUCUUCUAUAGACUACUAGAAACAUUCCAUUUCACUUCACUUUUUUACUGUAUUUUGUUAUAAAUAGGUAAAGGGACCAAAUACCCUCCUUUCUAGUAAGUAAGUUACGCAAGUGUGUGCUAGAAUCAAAACUACUUUUCCUGAGUGGAAAAUGUAAUAUGGUGCUUUAUCUGCGAAUACUCCCGCUGGUAGGGAUAUGUACAGUUGAUUAUUUCUGUUAUUGGUUCAAUUGUUAUGUCAGAUUAUUGUCUGCUAGGACAUUAUUUGUAACUACCACAAACUGUUUGAUGGUAUCACAGAUGUAAAGGGUUGAUAAUGUACUGUGAUUAGUUCCCGAUGGCCAUAUACUGUUAUACUUGCCAGAUUUUAUUGUUAUCAGUGACAAUGAUGCCUAAUUUUGUGUCAUAUUUGUACCCCGCCACAUGAAGCUACUAUUGCCAUAUCUAACUAUAUAUCUCUCCACAAAAUGAAGAAAUAGGUCUAUUUUUUGUCUGUCUGUACAUUCCGUAAAUAUAACAUCUAAUCAAACUACCUGGUGUCUAUAAUUCUGUAGUAGAUACCUCAACAAUGUGAAGUGAGGGGUAUUAUGUUUUGUCUGUCAAAAUGUCUGUAAUUAUAAUAUCAUAUCCCCGCACCACAUUAGGAAUGGGUGAUAUGUCUGUCCGUCCAUCGUUCUGUCCGCCUGUCUGUCCGUAUGUUAUUAUGAGAUAUUCCCCCAUUACGUAAAGAGGUAGUAUGUCCGUCUGUCUGACCAUAAAUCUGUUAUUAUAAGAUAUUCCCCCAUUACGUGAAGUGAGGGUUAUUUUGUUUUGUCUGUCUGCCACAUGUUGUCCUUACAUAUCACUAUUAUUCAGUGACAAACUACAAAACUUCCCAACUCAAAUCUGCGACAAAUGAAGGGCAUGAAUACUUUGUGGCUACGGGGUAAAAAUUAUCAUUCCAUAGAACAAGAUUGUAGAGAGCUGUUAUGAUUUAUAAGUUUUACUUACCAUAUAUAUAUAUAGAUCUGAUGUUUGGCCUAUGUAAUAAACAGGUUCAUUGUUUAA